CAGGACAAGAGGGAUAUGUCUUGCGAUGCCGAGGAUGAGCCCAUUGGAUCUCGGCGAAGCACCCUACUUCAGCCACAUCGGAGACUGGCACUGCGCCCUGGGGUCGCACUUCAGCCUGAUCGUUGACUACAAUCGUUGGCGUCGGCAUUGUUAGACCAGCUGUUUAUGGACUUACGAGAUUCGACAUUCUCACGUUCACCAGAAGUCCGCCCCGAACAUCGACGUCGAUUCCAUCCUGCUCGAGAGUGGAACAUGAUGUCAGCUUCCUUUCCAAAGUCUCCCAAGGAAAUCUUCUCACAUCAUUUAGUCCGCUAGAGAGGAAGCCUCUUCUAGCCAUCCUGCAAUUCCCAGACCAUGCACGUACAGAAAUCCGGAAUCACGCGGCGCAUACUGUCGAGAUCAUCGGGACGCCAUUACCGCAAUGCGCCUGUUGCACAUUAACAGUGACGGCAAGCUGAGUCUGACUAGGGACUGGAAGGACUGGACCACAGACUUUCCAAGAUACGCAAUACUAUCGCAUACGUGGGGCCCAGAUGAACAUGAGGUCACUUUCACUGAUCUCAGAGACGGAUCAGGCAAUAGCAAGGCUGGAUACCUGAAGAUUCAGUUCUGUGGGGAACAAGCUCGAAGAGACGGCCUACAAUACUUCUGGGUGGACACAUGCUGCAUUGACAAGUCGAGUAGUGCCGAGCUCCAGGAAGCGAUCAAUUCAAUGUUCCGUUGGUAUCAGAAUGCGGCAAGAUGCUACGUCUAUCUCUCUGACGUCUCAACACCUGUGCCCACUGGUGGUCACCAAGAUACUAGUGACCCGAUCAGAAGCGCCCUUUGGAAAAGUAGAUGGUUCCGACGAGGCUGGACCCUACAAGAGCUUAUUGCUCCAGUGAUAGUCGAGUUCUUUUCCCUCGAGGGCAACAACAUCGGUAGCAAGAGGUCCUUGGAACAAGACAUCCACCAUGUCACCGGGAUAGCUCUCGAAGUACUACGUGGUGCACCCCUGACGGAAAUCGCAGUCGAGGAGCGUUUGUCUUGGGCGGACCAGCGUGAAACCAGCCACCCAGAAGACGAGGCGUACUGCCUUUUGGGACUUUUCAAGAUAUUCAUGUCGCUUCUUUAUGGAGAAGGGCGGGAGAAUGCGUUCGUCCGGCUACGAGAGGAAAUCGCAAAGUCCUCAAAUCGCGCUUCACAGCAUGCCACAUGUUCACCGUUCAGUAGACUCAGCCAAGAAACAUCACCAGUCACUCGCGGAAGCCUUGAGGCAGCUGGAACUUCGUGCGACCUGGAUCAUGACUCCAACAAUGCUGGAUGCCGUUCGAAUGCCAGUUCGUCAGGGGAAUCUUCCCGAACUCGGAAGACAGUGCUAUCUUCGGAAGCGCCAAAACCAUACAGCUGCGCGCAGAAAGGUGUCAAGAGGCGGACUAGCGACAUUUCGACUUCCACAGCAGUCCGUGGUCCCAAAAGGACGCGGUAUGUAGAAGUCGAUGUUGGGACCGCCCAUCAAUCACACAUAACGGCGCAGACUUCUGUUCCUUCCCAGACCAUGGCUCCUGGAGCCUUCGAAAGUUUGUGUGGAUAUGUUCGAAGUGCCUGUGCAAAUUAUUUGGCGAGCUACAAUGCUGAUCCGAGUCAGCCCGAUUUGGCCCAAAGAAGCCCCGUGAGAACGUCAAUUUCAAACCAUCAUGUGUGGAAUGCUUUGUCCCUAAUCGUUGGGGCCAAAGCAGUGUAUCAAGAUCCAUACGUUACGAAGGUCAUCCAUGCGCUUUUUGACCGCCCCAGCCAGGUUUCAAUUCCUUUGAGUCUAAUGCUUUUCGCCAGCGCAUUAGCAGGACACCUCUUGCCACGACUUCAACUGUCCAGCAUGACAGACGACAGUUUGUGCCUCGAAGAUGCGUUGGGCGAAACAAUACGGGUGCCUCAAGUCAUCUGUCAAUACUACGAGACAUUCCAUGACUAUCUCGUGGCCCGAUUCAAGGAUCACCUUGGGCUUGAACUCGUGAUCGAGAAGAACUACCGGUUGAUCAUCGGUGGUAUGGAAGGUCCGGUACUUGACACGACUAAGUGGUCGCAGGUCAUCAAGGUCCAUCCGCGGAUCAAGCUUACAAUGGCCAUGGUCUUAAGCAAUCACUGUAGAUAUGUAGAGUGCACAGUAUGCCGCCAGCGUCUGAGGAGACGGAGUUACCAACUGUUCGUCUGGUAGGAUUUGAAAGACCUCGAGAGCUGCCAAUGCCGGCUAACGCCAAUUCACAGUGAUUCCUGCGGCAAAUUAUCCCCGGCUGUGGAAGCCUUCUUGGAUGCUGGAACUCUUGGA